CGGCCGAUGAGAGGGAUUAAGAUUUGUACGGCCGAUAGGAGUGCCAGCAAAUCACCGCUGGCUGCUUCAAGCAGUCAAAUGCGAACAAUUUAUCGGGUAGGUUCGAUAGCUAACAGCUCUACUUCAUCAAAAUGGAGAUAAUAGAAAGAAAUGUGAGCUCUGCCCAUGCCAAACCGCCUGCACUAACAACUCAAAGAGGAUUCCCGGAGCCACAAAAACUAGCAGCCGAAUCAGAUGCCGAUCGUCCCAGUUCCGGGAGGAAGAGGAGCCUGUUUGCGCGACAGGCAGAAAAGCAAAGGAGGGCAGCACCCCCAGCUGCGUCACUUAGCGCGUCCGAUCAGUUCACUUCAGAUGGCCGCAGUGCGGUGGUGGACGGCUCCGGUCUGGGCUCAGCCGAAGAGGCGGCGGCCAUCCACCAGCAGAACGCCGCCGCCCUGGCCGCCAUGACUGAGGAGGAACGACUUGCAUCUCAGCAGCAGCUCGCGACCAGCAUCGACCCCAAACUACUCGAGUUCAUUCGCAAACGCCGCGCGGCCGCUGCUCCUGAGCCCAGCAAGCGACCUCCCCCAGAGGAUGGAAGUCGACUCGUCCCGAGCGACGCUGCUCCGAGCCAGGCCGCAGCCGGACAUCCAGAGGGCGAGUCCACAACACAAUCGGCGGGGGAGGUCAGUGCUCCUAUGGAUACGACGCCUCCUAACGACGCGGCGAUGGCAGAGCUGGAAAAGGUCAAAGAUCAGCUUCCAAUCGACAUAGACGAGGCGCGUGCCUGGCCUCACAUGGACAAAAUCGAGCCAGAAAAGCUGCUUUGGAUGACUGAACUACCUGCGCCCAAAGUCGAGAACGUGAAGACUGGAUUCACCGCGCGGUUCGAUUUUGAAGGUGAGAUAUUGCCACCUGUCGAUUCUGCACUUGCAUUGCUCUGAUUUGUGACCUCAGUGACCCCAGUAAUUUGUACCAUAAAGCCGGGAUGUCGUAGUUAAUCAAAUCGCAGGUGUCCGUCCCGAGGCCAUCACAAGUGGCUAGCUCGGCUGGUUUUUCCUGUUGCGAGGGUGAAUCGGCAUGUUGAAUGAUGCAGCGCGAUUCAACGGACGUCACAUGGGUUAACGACCAACUCCGACAGCAGUGGGCACCUAUUAUUGGCAGCGGAAAUGGGGUAGCAGAUUUGGGAGAAAUUGUCAU